UGUCUGUCUGGGUUUUAGUUUAGAUUAGCGUUCUGACGUUCAUCUCUCUCUCAUUGCAGAAAUGGCAUUGCAUCAGACGCUAGGGUUUCAGCAUCUUUUCUGCCCCACCAAACAGAAAACCUUAAAAAAUUCCCCUUGCCAUCAUUGCUACUUUGCUUCUACUGCUGGAACUACUAAUAGUCAUUGGUUCAAAGAAAACCCAACCAAAAUUGAUGCGCUUUCCCGGAAGAAGCUCCAAAGUUUUACCUCAAAUUCACCUUCCCGGCUGCGUCCCUCGUGUUUGGCAAACAAAAAGGGAGCAGAAGCUGAUGAUGAUUCUGAUGGUCCCUUACUUAUGGACGAGGAAGAGAGGCGAGAGUGGAGAAGCAAGAUUCGGCAAGUGAUUGAUAUGAACCCUAACGUCCAAGAGGAGGUCGACCCCGUCGAGAGGCAGAACAAAUUGCGAAAGCUCUUGGCCGAUUAUCCACUAGUGGUGGAAGAGGAGGAUCCUGAUUGGCCCGAAGAUGCUGCUGCUGAUGGCUGGGGUUUCAGCUUGGGCCAAUUCUUCAACAAGAUCACCAUUAAGAACGUCAACAAGGACGACGAUGAGAAUUGUGAUGGCGAAAACGAAUUGGUGUGGCAAGAUGACGACUAUAUUCGUCCCAUCAAAGAUAUCACCACCAGAGAAUGGGAAGAGACCGUUUUCAAGGACAUCAGUCCUUUGGUUGUUCUCGUCCAUAACCGUUACAAAAGACCGAAAGAAAAUGAAAGGAUGCGGAAUGAAUUGGAGAAUGCUGUACACAUUAUAUGGAACUGCAGGCUACCAUCCCCAAGAUGUGUUGCAAUAGAUGCUGUUGUUGAGCUUGAUUUGGUUGCUGCUCUGCAAGUGUCCGCUUUCCCGGAGCUUAUCUUCACUAAAGCUGGAAAGAUCUUAUACCGCGAGAAAGCUAUUCGAUCGGCAGAUGAGUUGUCAAAGAUGAUGGCAUUCUUCUACUAUGGAGCUGCCAAGCCCCCUAUUUUGAGUUCUGUGGGGAAGAGUGAAGAAUUAAUCCCUACCCUUUCAAUCAGCAGUGAACAGCAUUAGAGUAGAAGUUGUACAUACACAAGGUAUCCUUCAGAGAACAAUAGUUUCUGGGUUAUAAUUCAGCUGAUAUGUAUAUUCUAAUUGUUAGAAGAAACAAGAGACACAAAACAAUUAAUUUUGUAUUGCUUUGAAUAAUUUCUAAUUUUCUAUGACUCUCAUACAGAGUUAUUUAUAAAGAAAAUUAUACAAUUGACAAA